UUCGCACAUCCCGCACGCGCAAACCCGGGUUGGCAAGAUAUUAAUAAUGAUCGCCAAUCUCGCGGAGGUGCGGUGGGGUUUAUAUGGCAUAGGAAGGGGGAGGGAGGGGGUAGAGAGAGGAGAGCAGAGCAGAGGCAGAGGAGAGAAAAGGGGAGGGGAUUAACUGCCGGUGGGUGGAGAGACCCCGACUCCGCCCUCGGGGUUGUGCUCUAGCGAUGCUGACAGGCUAAACAAGCGCUGGCCGAGGUUAUCCGAGACUCCGAUGCUUCUCCUUGUCGCGCUGCCCCACCGUGUAGAUGAAUAAGACAUGCACUACGGCGCAUGUUGGUAGUAUACUAAGCAGCAUAUGUCUCUAUAGAGAUAUACCUAAUAGCUGACUGAAGGCAGGUAAAGUCACGUACCUGAGGUGCCUAAGGAUAGAGGUACUUACCGAAAGUGGGAGGUAGGUAACCACCUACCUACCUAGGCAUAUAUAAAUACCUAUAUAAAUCUAUUUAUCUACCUUCUAUCUACAUGAACCUGCCCGUCUGUCUGUCUAUUAUCGAGUUCGCCAACCCAGCAACACACCCUUCUUCUUCCGCAUCCUCCUCCUCCUCCUCCUCUUCCUCUAAGCGACAAUUCGAUUCUCCCUCUCUGGCAUUGGACUUCGUAGCUAUCCCCAGCCUCUAGCGGAAUCAUGCCGGCCUUCUCUCGACUCGUCCGCUUUCUUGCCAAGAACGGCAAGGUGUAUUAUGGUGAUGCGAUCCUGCCUCAGGGCGUGACCGACCUCGCGAAGACGAAGGCCGCCCGAGUCAUCAAAGGAGACAUCUUCGGCAAGCAUGAAGUCACCGAUGCGGUCGAGGAUGUCCGACUCCUCCUAGCUCCCCUCGCUCCCGAGGACGUCAGGACCGUCCGAUGCCUGGGCCUCAACUACGCAUUACACGCCCAAGAAGCUGGCCUCCCGCUGCCCAAAUACCCAGUCCUAUUCUUCAAGCCGGCCACCUCUCUCUCGGGGCCCACGGAUCCCAUACCAGUGCACCCGAUAGCGCAGGAGGAACUGGGGUUGGACUACGAAUGUGAGCUCGUCGUGGUGAUCGGCAAGACAGCCCGAGACGUACCGGAAUCCGAGGCCCUCAACUACGUGCUCGGCUACGCCAUCGGCAACGACGUCUCGCACCGCGACUGGCAGGUCGCUCGCGGCGGCGGUCAGUGGUCGCUAGGAAAGGGCUUCGACGGCUGGGCGCCCUACGGACCGGGUAUCGUAACCACCGAAGUUAUCAAAGACCCCCAGACGCUGCAGAUCAGCACUAGGUUGAACGGCCAGACCGUACAAAGUAGCAACACGGCAGACCAGAUCUUCAGUGUCAAGAAGACCAUCGCAUUCCUAAGCAGGGGUCACACGCUGCUGCCCGGCGACCUGAUCUGGACGGGCACACCGUCGGGCGUCGGGAUGGGUCGCAAUCCGAAGCUGUGGAUGAAGGACGGGGACGUCGUCGAGGUCGAGCUCGAGGGCGUGGGUAUCGUCACUAACAAGGUCGAAUUCCUCAAGGAGGGCGCCAGGUUGUGAGCGGGCGCGCCCCUUGUUGCAGACGCGAGGAAUCCACACGACCAGCUCCACGAAGAGCGCGUACAAGAGCAUGCACGGCACUUUCUUCUUUGGCUAGCUACAUAAAACACCGACAGGAAUUUCGUAAUAAAAAAACACAGAAACGAACAAACACAC